CAACAAUACUCUUAAUUUCGAGAGCUCUCAUAGAAAGCGCGCCAACACUGCGGGCGAGAGCUCUAAUGGGUUUUAAUUCUUGUGGCGCUUCCGGAGAGAGUGCGCGCGAGAGAGCGACGCGAUUGGCGGAGAGGAGGAGUGUUUGCACGCGAAAGGAGCGCAUUGUUGGACGAGAGCGUCAGUCGAGUUCGAGAGAGCGAGAGAAAUGAGCGGAAGUUCGGAAGAAGAGAAGAGAGUAAACGGAAACCCGUUUUCAGAGACCGAAAGACGAGUCGAAGAAAUGAUUUGUCAGUUGAAGGCUUUGAGAGACGCGUUGAGAGCGGAGCGCGCGCCUAAAGAACGAGAGCUUUGUUUCGCCGACAAACCCUUGGAUUUGAGUCGCGGUUCGCGUCCGCCGGCGCCCGAGAAGUGCUCGCCGUCGUCCACUGCGCAGUCGCAGUCACCGAAAGCGCACAUAAAGCGACCGAUGAACGCAUUCAUGGUUUGGGCGAAAGACGAGAGAAAAGAGAUUCUCCGCGCGUGUCCUCAAAUGCAUAAUUCAAACAUCUCGAAGAUUCUCGGCGUGCGCUGGAAGGCCAUGAGUGCGCGCGACAAACAGCCCUUCUAUGACGAGCAGACGCGGCUCUCGCGCCUCCAUAUGCUGCGACACCCCGACUAUCGCUAUCGCCCGCGACCCAAACGCACGUGUCUUGUGGACGGACAGCGACUGCGAAUCGCCGAAUACAAGGCUCUCAUGCGAGCGCGGCGCCAGCACUCGCGGUUCUGUUCGGAAGAGAGAGGAGACGAGCAAUAA